CUUACACAAGAUUUAUUUUUGGAAAGAGUCCUGCAGUUACACUUUCCUGUUGCUGUUUGUGCUCCAUAAAGCCAACCAUAGGGAAACAGAAACAAAAACCAAAGAUGCUGUUAUAUAUAGUCUUGAACAUUCACUGGAGGCAGAGCAGAAAAAUUUCUGAAGAGACAGCAGCCUGAACCGCAGCCUGUGGGCCCAGCUGAGAACUGCACUGCAAUCAUGAGUGAGACCACUGAAAAUUCCUUGGAGAGCAGCCUACAGCGAUUAAAAUGUCAUUUCACCUGGAACUUGCUAGGGGAGAAAUCUUUGGAUGAAUUCGAGAGCAUAGUGUUGUACAAGAAUGAGUUUCAGAACUGCGGAUUUAAAGCCACAAUGUUUAAUGUAUUGGCCUAUAUAAAGCACCGCAGAGGACAAAAUGAGGCAGCCCUGCAAUGCUUAAAGCAGGCUGAAGAGAUAAUCAAGCAAGAACACCCCAGCCAAGCAAAAAUCCGAAGUCUGGUCACCUGGGGAAACUACGCAUGGAUCUACUACCACAUGGACCAGCUCGAAGAUGCUCAGACUUAUGUGGACAAGGUGAAACAGGUCUGUGCCGAAUUUUUUAACCCCUAUAGAAUGGAGAGUCCCGAGCUCCAUGCUGAAGAAGGGUGGGCCCGGCUAAAGUGUACAAUAAAGCAAUUAGAAAGGGCAAAGGUGUGUUUUGAGGAGGCUUUGGAAAAGAAACCAAAAAACCCAGAAUUCACCUCUGGCUGGGCUAUCGCAAGCUCCCGUCUGAACAAUUGGCCACCAUCCCAGCACCCCAUUAACCCUCUGAGGGAAGCCAUCAGGCUAAAUCCUGACAACCAGUACAUUAAAGUUCUCUUGGCUCUGAAACUUGAAAAGGUGAAGUUAGAAGAUGGGGAAGAUGAAGGAGAGAGGCUGGUCGAAGAAGCCCUAAAAGAAGCCCCAGAUGCAACAGAUGUCCUGGGCAGUGCAGCAAAGUAUUAUCACAAUAAAAAGGUCUGGCACAAAGCCAUAACACAGCUUGGAAAGGCUCUAGAACACAGGCCACAAAACCCUUAUCUACAUUACUAUCUUGGGAACUGCUAUCGGUCACAAGUCCUUCAAAUGCUGGAGAAGAAAGAGAAUAAAACAUACGCAGAAAGAGAGAAGUUACUGAGACAAACAGAACUGGCUCUGAAGCAUUUAGAGGAAGCCAGCGAGAGCAAUGUGAAUUUCUUCUGUAUUUCUUCAUUUAUUGCCAUUCUCUAUGCUAUAGUAGGUCAGUACAACAAUGCAGAUGCCUACGAGAAAGCAGAGUAUUACUUCCAAAAAGAAUUCAGCAAGGAGCUCACUCCUGUGGCUAAACAAAAGCUCCAUCUGCGGUACGGCAACUUUCAGCUGUGCAACAUGAAAUGUGUCACCAAGGCCACCCAGCAUUUUAUAGAGGGCGUGAAAAUUAACGUGGAAUCAAAGAAGAGAGAGAAGAUGAAAGACAAACUGCAAAAAAUUGCCCAAAGUCAACUUUCUAAAAAUGAAGCCAAUUCUGAAGCUUUGGAUCUCUUGGCAUUUCUUCAAGAGCUGAAUGGAGAAAUGCAACAAGCAGACAAAGACUUGAAGAGGAACUUGGACUCUGGAAACCUCAUCCCUGCAGCAUCUCUGGAUUAGACACAGAGCAAGGAAUAGGAACAUAGUGCCCAUAGGGUUACUGCUGGAAGGGGUUGAAACCUUCCACCAAGUUGGUAUUCAAAAUAUUAACAACUGAUAUAGCCUAUGUGUGGACCAGGGCACUGGCCACACUACUGGGUCAGGGUUAUGGGGGAAUCCUUCUGUGCCUCAGCUCUCUAAUAUCUUUCCAUCUGUGGAGUCAUUUUAGGGUCUGAACUGAUGGGCUUUGCAUAGCCAGUAAGGUGCUGUAUCAUGAAAAGACUGAGAGACCAAAGCCAAUACAGGGCUGCCCAGCCUCCCACCUCUGUCUCUCCUGUGUCUGUCUCUGCUGUCUCCUUUCUCCUCUCCAGCCAAUCUUCAAUGUACAGUGCUCCACACAGAAUGAGUUCAGUUGUCACAUUAACCUAGGUUGCAAUGUGGUUUGAAAAAAAAGAACAGAGAAUGUGUCAAACCUUGAAGAGACAUGCCUAAGAGAACCAAUGGAAUUUGACAUCCACAGUAUAUGACUUUCAGGGAGCACGUGGAGCUAUUUUAUCUUCAUUCUGCCCUCUCUGAAGCUGUAAAAUGGCAUAUAAAGAAGAAAAAGGAAUACUGUACAAUGUGCUAGAAACUAAAAUAUAGAUAUCUUCAGCACUUGUUUACAAAAAUAACUGUUUCAUCAGUAAAGAGAGGCAAAAGAGAGAGAAUGGAAUGCUGAUUUAUUCUUCUAGAUUGUGAUCAAAUGGAGAUUAGCUUAAUUAAACUUAUAUGGACUCUUGUUAUUAAGCAAUUAAAAAUUAUAAAAUACAACUUUCAAAACAACAAUUAAAAUUUGAAGAAUGGUAAAAACUGUUUUUAUUUUCUAUAAGUAGUGUUGUAUGUAUUUAAGAACAUCAGUGUACACAAUUUGAAUUCCUGAAAAAAGUAAUACUUCUAUUAAUAAAUAUCUUACAUGCGAUAUAACAUAAA